UUUUCCUGGCUGGGAUAGGCCUCCCGCGCGCUCGGCCCGCCCCUUGCUAGCCACGAUUGGUCGCUCACUCUCGGGUAGCUCGCAAGCCGGCGCUGUGGUAGGUGCUUUGGGAGACCAGGCGCGCUCCGUUGGCUGGAGGGGAGAGAGCAGCAGGUUCGGUUCAGCCGGCGGUGUGAGUGAGCGCGGGCCCGCCGCGCACUCGGCUAUUGUUGCCAGAACAGCUAGUUCCCGGGGGGCUGCCAGGACCGCGGCGAGAGACAGGCCCAGUGGCAGCCAUGAGCGGCGGGGUGUACGGGGGAGAUGAAGUUGGGGCUCUUGUUUUUGAUAUUGGCUCCUAUACAGUGAGAGCUGGCUAUGCUGGUGAGGACUGUCCAAAGGUUGACUUUCCCACUGCUAUUGGUGUGGUACUGGAAAGGGACGAUGGCAGUACCCUGAUGGAAAUAGAUGGUGACAAAGGCAAACAAGGGGGCCCUACUUACUACAUAGACACCAAUGCACUGCGAGUUCCAAGGGAAAACAUGGAGGCUAUUUCACCCUUAAAAAAUGGAAUGAUUGAGGACUGGGAUAGUUUCCAGGCAAUUUUGGAUCACACAUACAAGAUGCAUAUUAAAUCUGAAGCAAGUUUGCACCCUGUCCUAAUGUCUGAAGCACCAUGGAAUACCAGAGCAAAGCGUGAAAAAUUGACAGAACUGAUGUUUGAACAUUACAAUAUCCCUGCUUUUUUCUUGUGUAAAACUGCAGUUCUUACAGCCUUUGCAAAUGGUCGAUCCACGGGCCUGAUUUUGGAUAGUGGGGCAACUCACACCACUGCUAUUCCAGUGCAUGAUGGAUAUGUACUUCAACAAGGCAUUGUAAAAUCACCCCUUGCUGGAGACUUUAUUACUAUGCAGUGCAGAGAACUGUUUCAGGAAAUGAACAUAGAGCUAAUCCCUCCAUAUAUGAUUGCAUCAAAGGAAGCAGUUCGUGAAGGAUCACCAGCAAAUUGGAAGAGAAAAGAGAAGUUACCUCCGGUCACGAGAUCUUGGCACAACUAUAUGUGUAAUUGUGUAAUUCAGGAUUUCCAAGCCUCUGUCCUCCAAGUGUCAGAUUCAACCUAUGAUGAACAGGUAGCUGCACAGAUGCCGACCGUUCACUAUGAAUUCCCCAAUGGUUAUAAUUGUGACUUUGGUGCAGAGCGUCUAAAAAUUCCUGAAGGACUGUUUGACCCUUCCAAUGUAAAGGGCUUAUCUGGCAACACAAUGCUGGGUGUUAGCCAUGUUGUCACCACAAGCGUUGGAAUGUGUGAUAUAGACAUCAGACCAGGCCUCUAUGGCAGUGUGAUUGUAGCAGGAGGAAACACUUUAAUACAGAGUUUUACAGACAGACUGAACAGAGAACUCUCUCAGAAAACUCCACCAAGUAUGCGGCUGAAGUUGAUAGCAAACAACACAACAGUGGAGCGGAGGUUCAGUUCAUGGAUUGGUGGUUCCAUUUUGGCUUCUCUGGGUACCUUUCAACAGAUGUGGAUCUCUAAACAAGAGUAUGAAGAAGGAGGGAAGCAGUGUGUAGAAAGGAAAUGCCCAUAGACCUCACACUGUGAGAAACUGUUGCCUUCCCAGUGCUCCUUAUGUUUCAUAGCUUUAGUGUACUCAGGAAUGGGAUGGAAUCUUUUGUAGAAAGUUUACACAGUUUUGGUUUUUUGCAUACUUCAAGAUCCAUUUUUACAAACCUUAGAUAUUGUUUAAAAGGCUUAACUGGUUCUGUCACAGAAAAUGGAUGUUUUAUCCCUUGAAAUGCAAUAACUCUUAUAAGUAUUUUAUAAUUUUGUAUAAAUGUCUAUUUUCUCUAAAAAUCUUUUCCUGUGGGUAGCUUUACAGGUUAGCUGGUAGAUGCAAUACUUUGAAAUGCCCUUGCAUCAAAUUUAUUUAAAAAAAAAAAAAAAUCUUGUCUACUUUUACAGAUUAGUCUUCCCUGUUGAUAUGCUGUCCUUAACAAAUUACUCUAAUUUCUUUUAAAAAAAAUAAAAUGGUCCUGUUUUCACAUUUUGAGCAACACUGUUUUUCAGCAAGCAUUCAUACUCUUCUGUAAUUAAUAAACAAUCCAGAUGGAAAACUAUUUUUUAUACUGAAAUUUAUCUUAAGCAGCCCAGUUCAACAUAAAUUGUGAAGCUGUUGCAACAGCACUAGUCUUGUAGCGGAAAAUGUUCUCUUGAUACUUUCCUCUUUCAUGCUGUACUAUGAAGUAGUUAAGGCCUAGAAUAUAGGCUGUGUAUAAAUUUGGUUCUAAAACUACUAUGAAUAGAAGUGAUUUCAUUUCAGUGAAUAUUUGGCAUUUACAGUGCUUUCCACCUUCAGAGGUAUGAGAAUGUACUUAGCUUGGACAACGUGUGUGAUCUAGGUAAGUAGUGUCCUCAUUUUAGAGACGGGGAACCUAAGGCAGAGAACACAAAGGAAAUUUGUGUCAAAGCUUGGUCUACAACUUGAGACCACCUGGCUCUGUUCUGUAUUUCGCCUCCACCUCUGCCAUAAUGAAGUUUUUGGUUCUGAAUUUUAAAAUUCCCAUUUGAAAAUCACUGUACCAUUUUGUUCUUUAAACAAUUAAAAAUAGCCAUAUGAAAGCUCUUGACACUCUAAUGAUUAGGUUUACAAUCUCAUAAUGAUACACCAAUACCAUAAAAUAGUCAUACAGGAAAAAAAUGAACACAACUAGCCCAUAACUUAAUCGAAAUGCUCCUUCAUCUCCCAGGAACAGACCCCUUAACCUCCUUGCAUGCCUCAUCAAGUAAAUGACUUUAACAGCAUGCCUUGAUGGUCAUCAGUUGGGCUAUUUUGGAUCAAAGGGAGAGACCAAGUUCCAGAUUCUCAGGGCUGGUGGAGAACACUGCUAGCACUGCCCUCUCUCAAAACAAGGCAGGAUCCAACUCAAGUACCUCUGACUGCAACUGCAGUAUGGCAUACAGAGAGGGGAGAUCAUUCUGGCAGUCAGGGUAGGAGAAACAAACUGACUAGGAGAAAGUUAAAUGGUGAAAGUAAAUAAGACUCUUAUAACUGUACAACCACAUUCAAGUGCCAUUAGUGAAAUGUCAGGAUGUAUUGGACGUAUGCUGGCAAAAAGGCAAGAUGAAGUUGACUUAUUAUUACCUCCUAAACUUAAGGAGGAAAACACUGAGGCAGAAUGCCAGAGCCUGUUUGUUGUGUGUAAAUAAUGGAAUAAUUUAUUCCCCUCAAUCAAUUAUAGAGUGAGGGAAAGCACACUGUGUACUUUCUAAGGACAGAAAAAAAAUUAUAGUAUAAUUAAAAAAAUCACUCAUCUGUGAACAGUUACCUCGUGGCUUUCUCAAAGCAAAAACAAUUCACCUCCUUAAAAACAAACCACUCCCUGCAUUUUUUGCUGUUCAUCCUUUAUGCUGCAGGGAGUAUUUCGGAAGGCUAAUUUUUUCUCAGGUAUUUGAUUCCAUCACAGCCCAUCCUAUUUUAUUCCAUUACUUUUGCAGGUGGUGGUGUUAAAUGUAGCUAGUUUUGUGGAAGGUUAUCAUGUUUGUAAACAGUGAUUCUGCUUUAAUUUUGUAAAAGAUUUAAUGAGUGGUUAUUGGUAUGCAAUUCAACUGCUGUUCACUAUGAAAUAGAGUACUAAAGAUAAA